AUGGUUGAAUCAGCAUUCGGACCAGUUCAAUGUCUCUUGGUCCACAAACACGUAUUUGGUGGAUACUGCGGGGAGAGCAAACAACUUCCGAAUAACUCAAUGUUACGGUUACGACUUCGGAAUAAAGCAGGGAAGGCCGACCUGUCUUCUCCAAAGAUAGCGGGCGAUCCAGUCCACGGCAGUUGGAGUUAUCUCUGUCAAGCAAGACCCACAAGCAGCUGCAGUCUUCUCCAACAUAAGCCUGAUGGAUGCCCCAAAGCCUCUGCUCUCCAACUUACCUGGUCUUCCUCAACUCCAACACGCAAGAAGCCCGAAGAGUCUCGCGAAGCGAAGGUGGGAAGGAUGCUGUCCCACAACGGCACGAGCUCGCAUCCACAACCGCACCCGCAGCCGCAAUCGCAGCCGCUUCACCAGCAGCAGCCGCCGCAGCAGCAGCUUCCGCGACCGCACUCGACUCCAGUCAAGCGAAGGAGGCGAACCGGUCACGGCCCUGAUGCGCGGUCCUGUCCUCACUGUGGACGAACGUUCAAGCGCACCGAGCACUUGGAGCGCCAUGUGCGAACGCACGCUCGGGAUACUGCCACGUGCUACGAUGCUAACCGGCACGUUCUUCCAGAUACCAAGGAGAAGCCAUUCAUCUGUCGAUGUGGAGCUGCCUUUGCCCGGCGUGACUUGCUGACCCGCCAUCAGCGGAUCGCUUUCCAUGAGGAUGGAUCUGAGUCUCCGGGGGUCCCAUCGGAGCCGGACUCGGGGGAAACCCAUGGGCCUGUUGAGGCUGAUCUGGCUGCUGCCGUCUCCCUCUCGGGGAUGAGCGUGGACCACUGGGCACAACAGCAACAGCCACCUGCACCGCCGUCAGAGCUGUAUCCCAUGGCCGUCCCACGGAACGGCGCUCUCGUAGAUGCCUCAUAUCAGCAGGCUCUGCUUGGAGAUCAAUUCUAUGAAAAUGGCAAUCAAGAUGCUGUGGGAUUUGACGCCCACUUCAGAGAGUUUGCCAACUUUCUCGACGGUGUUGGGCUGCCAGCGGAAUGGAGCCCCUACUUUCACGGCCCUGACAGAGAUCACGAGGUUACCGACACAACGGUGAAAAUUUCGUGGCUACCAUCGGCGCCCACUGGCAAUCGGAUAUCUGAAACCUUGCCAGACACAAAUCCGCGGUCUGUUGACAUUGAUUCGCAACCGUACCGUAUAUCAGACGAGCAGCGGCAUCGUCUGAACAACUCCAUUGAAACAUUUCGAGACAUUCUCGAUCCAGAUUUCAAGUUCCCAUCACGGCACGCCUUAUCGCGCUAUCUAACCUCAUUCUUCGAGGGAUUCCACUCGCACAUGCCAUUCAUACAUACGCCAACAUGGCGAGUCCCUGAACACUCCAUUGAACUCAUUCUCGGCCUCGCUGCAGUCGGCGCCCAGUAUUGCUUCGAGCAUCGCAUGUCCGAGAGACUUUUUCAUGCGGGCAAGACUAUCCUCAUGGAGAGGUUGAUGCACGAGUCUGAAACAUUUGGUCCGAAUACCAGUUCAUCUCUGAAUUUUCACAACCUGACGCCACAACGCCGCGCCUCGCAAGGUUUCCGGGAGAGGGACUGGGGUUCUUGGGAACCAAUAGAGACAGUUCGAGCCCUGAUUGCCCUCAUGGGUUACGCCACUUGGGAGCCCAAAGUGUCACUCGUGCAGGAAGCGUUUGCUUUACAGGCACUUCUGGCACAGAUCCUUCGAGAAGUUGGUCUUUAUGAAGAGGAUGUCCCUCAGCUUCCUGCCGAUCAGGCCACCCCGCAAGCCGCCUGGCAAGCAUGGGUGCGACAGGAGUCUACGCGCCGAGCCAAGCUCAUUGCCUUUUCCUUCAUGCACACUCACAGCAUCGCAUAUAACGUGUAUCCUGUGCUACGCAGCAACGAGGUUGGUCUUCGACUCCCUUGCUCGACUGGAGAGUGGAAAGCGCAGUCGGCGUGCCAGUGGCAGACCGCUCGCCAGGAAACUGAGAAGCAACAACUGUACUUUCAAGACGCUUUGUCAUUGCUAUUGAGGAACACAGACGGGACCGCUCCCGUUGACCCCAUUCCAACACCACUGGGUAACUACAUCCUCUUGCAUGGGCUCCUCCAGAGGAUUUUCAUUGUCCGCGACUUGUCUUUACCAGUCAUGGAUCAGUCAGCGUCUCUUCCCAGCGAAGAGGUUGACAAGCUUGAACGAGGCCUGCGUUCCUGGACCGCAGGGUGGCAGCAAGCUCCCGAAUCCAGUCUUGACCCCAACAACGAGAAUGGACCUAUCCCCUUCACAUCCAGCUCUUUGCUCGGCCUCGCCUAUGUGCGCAUCUACCUUCACCUUGGUCCGUACCGGCUUCUUGAAUCUCGAGACCCUAUGCGUAUCGCCAAGGCCAUCAACCGGUCUCCGGCCGUGGAGCGAAGUGGUGGUGUCAUCACCGCGCUGCUGUACACUGCUCAUAUGCUCAGUAUCCCUGUACGACUUGGCGUUGACCGUGUCGCGCGUAGCCAGGCGUUCUUCUGGAGCGUUCGUCACUCACUUUCGGGGCUAGAGUGUGCGGUUCUGCUCAGUAAAUGGCUCUCAUCACUCACUGAAUCCGUCGCGACGACGCCUCUUAGUGACAGCGAGGAUCGCAUCUUGCACUGGGUUCGAUGCAUUGUGGAAGAGGCGUACGAUGUCGUCGAUUUCGAAGACGAUGAGCCCGAAACGUCAACGGAUCGAGAUCCCGCCUCACUGAGCCUUGCGGUUUUGAGAAUAUGGGCACACUUUUUCAAAAGCAACACGCAAUGGCCUUUCAUCAAUAUCAUCGGAAAGAGCUUGGAGAAGUACCAGAUUCGAUAUGGAAACAUCAGGAAGAUGACGCAACGGUCCAUCGCGAUUUUGAAGUGGUGCGCGGUGGUGGGGUUCGGUCUUUCUCACCACAAGAAGGCUCUGUGGCGCCCUUACUGCAACCAACAGAAUCCUGGGUUCUCGACUCAAUCAAACAUUUCCAUGGCCACCCACGAGGAGAAAGCUCGAGAUGCUGGGCCUCCCAAGGUCUUGGCCGUCGGUUUGCUUCGCACAGGCACGAACUCUCUCGCGGCCGCCCUCUCUGAGCUGGGCUUUAAGCACGUCUUCCACGGUCUGAAGUCCCGGACGAAACCAACGCACUGGGCAUUCUUCGAGCGAGCCGCCAUUGCGACUUGGCCUGAAGUGAACGCAAAGGGCCAGACACCUCCUCCCACGCCGUUCACUCGCAAAGACUGGGACGAACUCUUCGGGUCGUACGACGCGGUAACCGACCUGUCUUGUUUCUGGGCAGUGCAGCUGAUCGAUGCCUACCCCGAUGCCAAGAUCAUUCUCACGGAACGCGACUUUGACAAGUGGUUUCCAAGCUUCGACAGCCAAGUUAUCCAACCGCUGUUUGGGCCGUGGGUUGACGUAUUUCUCAAGGGUGUGGGCAUGGUAAUUGGUAACAGGGCUGGCUUCGCCAUGCAGAAGACUAUCAGCGGUUUCUUUGGUGGUGCUCGCACAAUCGAGGAGCUGCAUCGGCGAGCACCGGAUGUCUUCCGAGAGCAUUCAGAGCGCGUCAAGGCUCAUGUGGCGCCUGAAAGGCUUUUGGUGUAUCGCGUCGGCGAAGAUGGAUGGGAGCCUCUUUGCAAGUUCCUUGAGAAGGACGUGCCCAAAGACAAAUCAUUCCCGAGAGUUAAUGACAAGGCUUCCCAUACUGAGUCGGACAGAGUCAUACGCCGAGCAGCUUGGCUCCAGGCUGCCCGGGCGGUUGUGCCGUAUGCCAUCGCCAUCACGGCUGCACAAUGGAAUGGCGGAGGCCCGCCAGAGUGGCAGCUUGCAGUGUCCCAGCACCCCAGCAACUGCUCCUACCCCUCCAUAACCGCGGUCUCCGUCCACUGGAUCCACCCGCCAGCUGACGUAGCGGCGCCGCAUCUCAAGCUUCAAACACCACCUCACAACCUCACCGAAUACUCCGCUUCUCAACGCGUCCGCCUUGGCAUCCAGAUCUCCUGCAUAGAGCUCAAUUGUAAACGCACGCUUCGAGACGCACCUCGGUCUUCAAUCGCUAGGAUGCAGUCAGGCAUCUCCGCCUCUGAGGAGCUCAUCUCCCAGUUCAACACUCUCCUGUCCACCGACAACCACUUCGGACUUCUCAUCACCAUUGAAGCCGAGACCCUAAAGCCCGUCCAAUUCCUCGAGAAGGCAUCGUCCUCUUCCUCGUUCGACGACAACCUCGCUUCCCUCCAGCCUCAUCUUAAGCCCAACGAAGCCCUUUAUGCCCUCCUUCGCCGCUAUGAUACGGCUCCGCACCUAACAGCCGUCACCUAUGUCCCGGACUCGGCCAAGGUUCGCCAGAAGAUGCUUUUUGCGUCCACCCGCCUGACCCUGGUCCGAAAGCUAGGCUCCGAGCACUUCCGCGAGUCCAUCUUUGCUACCAUGGCAGAGGAGCUAUCUGCCAAAGGUUUCGCUAAACAUGAUGCUCACACCGAGCUCGAGGCUCCGUUGACGGAGGAGGAGCGCAGCCUCGGCGCCGUUAAGCAGGCCGAACAGGAGGCCAGCACCGGUACGGGAACUAGGGAGAUCCACCUUAGCAAGACCCUGGCCAUGCCCAUUGCCGAGGACGCUCUCGCCGCACUCAAGGAGUUGUCACCGGACAGUGGCAAGACAUUGGUGAUGCUGAAAAUCAAUCCCGAAAAGGAGUCUGUCGAGCUCGUCCCCUCUAGCGAAAGCCCCUCCUCUAUUGCCGAGCUCACGCAGACCAUUUCCUCCACCGAGCCGCGCUUUACCUUUUACCGAUUCACACACACCCACAACGGAGCCGAGUCGAGCCCCCUGCUCUUCAUCUAUACCUGUCCCGUCAACGCCGGCAACAGGUCCAUCAAGAACCGCAUGCUGUACCCCCUCAUGAAGCGCGCCGUACUGGACGUGGCGUCUAGUGAGGCAGGGUUGACGCUCGAUAAGAAGCUCGAGGUUGAGGACCCCAGCGAGAUCACGGAGGACACGGUUCUCUCGGAGCUACACCCCAAGGUGACGGUGCGACAAAACUUUAGCAGACCCAAGAGACCUGGUCGGUAG